UCGCAAAAUGAACAAUCCCGCGCUGGUUGGAGAUGCUGUUCAUCCGGACAUCGUUCGGUUCGUGUGCAGGCGAGCCGAGGAUCUCGUGCCCGGUCCAUCCUUCGGCUUCGGCUCGCUGGCAAGCGCUGAACACGCUCGCCGGAAGGCGAUGAUAAUCAUCCUAAGCAUCCGUCACUGCGGGCGCUCACCGUAUGGACCAGUUUCAUCUCGCUGGGCGACGGAACCGGGUCGAGUCCUAGCGUGUGCGAGCACAAACCCGCGUAUCGCGCGAACGUGAACGGCUGAAAGUAACCGAAAGUGCGAAUCGAACGGACGAACAAACGGGCGAACGGUUCUCGUAAAACCGGUUAACACGUUUUGCAGGGCGUUUUCCCCAUUGUGUUUUGCGUGAGUGUGUGUAUGUGUGGAUUGAAAAAAUCAAGCAAAAACGCGACGUGAUUUAAAAGAAUUAAAGUGAUGUGUGUUCAUACUAUUUCUGUGUCAAAUUGAUUCGUGCUUUGAAUCCCUCAAAAUAAGGAAAGUAAAGUGUUGUGCGAUAUUUGUAAGCCCAUCGCGUUGAAGAGCAAGUAAUAGAGGGCUGUAGGGAUAUGCAAACAGGAUACUGCAGUUGCGCUCGCCAGGAUUACCAGCUGAUUCAUGGUCGACCGGCAUUGGGUGCUGCGGGUUUGACUGCAGACAAAAAUCAUCAAUUUAAAUUUUGUAGCUUAUCUCAGCGCAAUCAGAUUACGGGAACGGUGGGGGGCGAAGGAUAAAAGUCCAGUGCGUUAAAAUCAUAUCCCGUGAAAAAGGGACCCACACCGAAAAUAGCUUACGUCCUUUCCCUGGUUCAACCACGUGAGUGUAGGGAAUUGUAUGAGAAGGUGUGUGGAUGCGUGUGUGUAUAUGUUUGUGGGAACUGGGCUAGAAACUGGAGCCAUCUAUAAAGUAAGCCUACUUCCCGAAAAGCUAACCCCAGAACGGUAAGCACAGAUUGGGCGCACUGUGCGUAUGUGUGGCACACAUAGGUGAAAUCUUUCCAUCAACCAAAAAAAAAAACAAGGAGCAUUCUACGGAGUCGUCUUUCUGUCUUUGCCACCAGAUGGUGGAGGUGAAGCUGGUGGAGCUGAAGCUACAAAGAAGAAAAGACAGCGUACACUGGGUUCUUUCCUGGAAAAACAGUCCCGCUACCUCCCGGAAAGUGAGCCGCAGAACGGAAACGACAAAAAUUUAAAUUCGUCCCAACGCACUCUUCGCAACCGGAAGCGCACGACGGUACGACCGGGAGCCCCUUAGUGUGUUUGCCUUGGGGUGUGCUGUAAUUGUAAGAUUGACAGUGUGAGCCAAACCGUGCGCUCUCUGUGUGCUGCAGUGUGUUCGUGUGAACGUGUGUGCUAGCACAUAAGCGUGUGCCAUUGUGUGAGUGUGUUUGAUUUUCAGUUUAUUUAGUGUGUUGAAAGCUCUGCCAACGUAGCAGACCGAGGAAGUUUGCCAACGGCUUCGAAAAAAAGAGAAAAAAAGCGAAAGCACGUGGUGAAAAAAGGUGAGGAGAGGUUUUCAGCUUAAUUUGUGCCAAAUCAAAAUAUAAAUAGUAUAGUUUGUCCAACAAAAUGUGUGCUAGUGAAUUUGAUACUACAGCGCACAAUACAUAAGAUGCGUGAAGAGCGUAAUUAAAGUGGCACAAGUUGACCAACUGGCAAUUUCUGUCAAUGCUGCUCAUUAAACCGCUCAUAAAAGUUGAGCGUUAGCAGAGUGUCGCUCCGAGAAAGUGGUGCCACAAGUGCCAUUUCCAGCAAGUGGUGAUAGUGGUGCAGUUGAGUGUUGGAGACAGUACACGGCGGGCAAACGGAUGCUGUAGCAGCAGAGGAGCAGCAGUUCAUCAACGCCACAUCCAGCGGGCAGGAAUAAUAUUCUGCCGAUAACGGAUAGACCUCUGCGGCAAGCCCGAGGGUUUUUGUGCACAUCUCACACUCACUUCGGUAACACUCUCGCACCACAUUUGACCGAUGGCCGAACGACCGCACAUGAUUAACGAGCCAUAAUAUUGAAAUCACCUGUCAGUCGGCUCAUAAAUUUGCGUUCGAGGGUACAGGAAUGUGUUUGGUUAUGUUUUGUGCGGCCAGGACCUGAACGAACCGCUCGGCUUGCGGCCAUAAAAGGGAGUGCACCCAACCCAGCACACGCGUACGCGAUCGUACAUCAACGACUACUUUGUUUACAAACACCAAAGCCAGCUGCUUGCGCUGGUACGCACUAAACGUCAAACGCGGCAGUGCUGCCAGUCGCUCCCAACGCCCAGCAAUGUACGAACGUCCGGUAAGGAUAUGGUGAGUGGCUUGGUCCGGCUUUGUGGCUUCCGAUCUUCGAUGUCCGCAGCGGACAGGGCGUGUGCGGUGGUGCUUGAUCGGUUACUGCUGGUGCUGGUGCUACUAUCGCCGUACGGAUGUGGCGAACUCGGUUCAUCCCAGCCCGGUUUGAUCCGAGUGGAGCACGAGCAGGGCCCGGCCCUGUCUGCCUCGUCCCAGCUGUGCGGUGGCAGCACGCUUACCGCACCGCACGGCAUCAUCUCGACGCCCAACUUUCCGGCCCGGUUUCCCGUCCCGAUCAGCUGCACCUGGAUCAUCGACGCAUCGGCCAUCGUCGGUGCGAACGUGUCGAUCGUGCUGUACCUGACGCAGCAGUACGUUCUCGGCGGGCUGCGCUUCACCGAGUACAUGUACUACAGUGACGACUACAAGGUGCCCAGCAUGAACGUGUACGAGCUGAGCGAGGAUGACGUGACGAGCGUACCGUGGAUCCGGUUCGGCAGCCCGUACCUGGAGGUGCGCUUCACGAUGGACAGCCUGUACGGGACGCAUCUGCGUGCCCUCGACCGGCUGCUGGAUGUUUACGGGUUUAACAUCACGUACGAGGUGGACACGGUCAAGCCGCACACUUGUAAUGCGCUACGCUGCCGGUUCCUGGGCAACUGCUACGCGAAGCCAGAUUAUUCGUCGUACUAUUGUGACUGCUAUCCUGGAUUUAGUGGUCCCGACUGUGGCGAUGGUCCGCUCUGCAAGGAGGCGAAUGUCUGUGAGAACGGUGGCACAUGCAAGCAUAUCGGUGACAACGCCAUCAUCUGCAUCUGCCCGGCCGGAUUUAAGGGCAAACGGUGCGAGAUCAACGAGUACGACGAGGUCACAGGAUGCAAUCUCGACAAGGAAGGUGACGACUGCUUUCGCCAGUGUAUUUCACCCAGUGACAGCUUGGACGUGUGCCGGUGUGACCAGAGCGUAUCGUCCUCGAGUCGCGGAAGAGCCAAAUACGAGAUGACGGUACGGUUAGCGAACGCAUCGCACUUUGAGCUAAACGACAACGGCGAACAUCAGCUGAAUGAAAAUACGGUGACGGUUCUGGAAAAACAGAUCAACCGGUUUUUGAGGAAUUUUAAUCUAUCCAAAAUCAAUGAUCUGGAAGUUUUUGCUACGAAGACAAACGCGAUCCCUUCCGGAGCUAGUAGUGGUGGAGCAUCGGGCACGAAAGCUGCCGCACCGGCAACAACUGGAGCCGGAGUCGGUGAGGUGAUGUUUCAAUUUUUUGGCCCCAAAAUCGACUCGAGCCGGGUACGAGAAGCGAUGGAGAAAAUGACGGAGCGGGGCCGCAUCGGGAACGUGAGUCUCGUCCCGGGGACGAAGCUUUCCUUUCGCCAGGACGUUGGUCUAAUGCUGCAGUCGGUGGUCAUCAAUCAAAAGGGACCGAUCCGGGAGAACACCGAGUUCAUACUGUCCUGUGUGGCGCAGGGCUCAUCAACAAUGUCCUUCCGGUGGUACAAGAACGGCUACUUCGUGAACGUGACCAAAGCAACAAGAAACAUGUGGACCCGCCUGCUGCCACUGGACUCGAAAGAUCACUACACGGCCCUGCUGGGCAUCAACCGGGCGAACCGUCUUGACGAGGGCAUUUACACCUGUCAGGUUUCCGACAUGGGCAUCCAGCAGUGCCGGUCGGCAAAGGUCCAGAUCCUGGAAGUGCCGCAACUGCGCGUUGAUCCACCGAGCGUAACGCUUUUCCGGGGCGAUUCACUGCUGAUCCGCUGCCUGUCGCAAGACACCGACCGCCGGUUCGGUACGGUCGGUUACAGCUGGACGAAGAACGGGGCACUGUUUCAAUCCGACCCGAACGGCGAGCUGUGGGAAGAUCUCUACCCGGACGGGAGUAUACUGAAGGUGAACAAUCUACAGAAAUCGGUCGUCUUCACCUGCAUCGUGUCCAACUCGGUCGCUCCCGUGUCGAGGAGUGUGCAUGUAACGGUGGUCGAACCGGGCACUGUUACGCUCUGUCCUCAGAGCGAUGAUUACGGGGUAAGCUGGCCGGCAAGUGCCAGCGGUCCGGCCGUGCUGGCCGAUUGCCCGAAACGGGGGACAGGGCUGGCGAGUCGCAUCUGCGAGCAGCGGGACUUUGGGCGGCCGGAAUGGUUGGUGCCAGAUUUCUCCGACUGCGUGCCGGAGGAAGUGAUCGAGAUUACCAAUGAGUUCCGCGGACUAACGUACGGCUACCAGAAAACCAAUGGGUCCAAUGUGCUGCAGUCGUGCUUGAAAUUUGCCACAACCCAUGGCGCCACCUUCCUACCCGGUGAGGGUGGAAUUUUGUUGGCCUUGCUGCAAGAGGUAUUCAGUUACAUCGAAGCGACCGGAACCCGGCACGAGCAGGAAAUCGCAUCGGACAUCAUUCUCCGUAUCGUCGAUGUCGUUAUGCAGAAUAAAGCAUCACUCAACAGUCAACAGCAAAUCAAGCAACUGCAGGAUCUGGUACAGGCAGCCGCCCUCAACCAUGAAACGACGAUGGCGGCCCCAAUCUCGUCCUCAUCGUCGGCGGCACUUGGGCCGGUAUCUGGGCCGGGCGGAAAGCAUGCCGCCUCAACGACCGCCACCCAUCAGCUGAACUCGUUCUAUCUGUACACGGAAACGGUCAAGGGACUGCCAUUUAAUCUUCAAAUUUAUGGCGAUCAACUCUACUCCGACCAGCUGUACAUGGAAAUGGAUCGGUCCGCUUCACUGCAGGACAUCGUAGCGAACGGCACCGUGCUGGUGACGGUGAUAUCGUACAAAAAUCUUACCAGCUUCCUGCCGCGCUUCUAUUUCGCCAAAAACAGUUUCGGCACCGACAUCGACUACAUCCCGGCAUCGAAAAUCAUCUCAAGCUGGUUGUACUACGCCAACCGCACUGGCAGCGAGGCGAACCAGCCACUGCACGUGCCGCUCGAGGCUGCCCACGUGGAAAUCAUUUUUCAGCAUGAAAACUCACCCACCACCGAAUGGAUACCCUUGUGUGGCUACGACUCGAAGGCGACGUUCGAACCGACGUGGCGUACGGAUCUGUGCAUCACCGAGAACCUGCUGGAGAACAUCACCCGCUGCAUCUGCCCAUUGUCGGGCACGUUUGUGGUGCUGCUAGCUAAGAAGAACUAUAACCCCACUGUACCGAAGACAACCACCCGGCCGAUACUGGUGGUGAUCAGCUGCGGUUGCUGCUUCCUGCAGUCGUGCAUCGCCUUCGCCAUCAUGCUACCGAUCCUGUAUCAGCGUCGGUGUUGUGUGACCUUUUUAAAAAUGCAAUUCUGUUCCGCCACCUCGAUGGCGAUGGCAAUAUUCAUUCUCGGCCUGCUGCAGCUGUUCCCGCCGGAAUGGUACGCCCUGGUGAUGGCACUGCUGUCCGGUUUUCUGCUGCUGAGCACCUCGACCCUGGUCGCCAUCACCGUCCUGGUGACGACGGAGCUGCACGGCCCGAGCCGCAAAUUGAUUGCCGCCACCAACCUGGCCACCGGUAUCUCGGGCAGCAUUGGGCUGAGCUGGUUUCUGCCCAUCCUGUGCGCCACCUCGACGCCGCUCGUGUACAACGUGAUGGUCGAAUCGCCCGCGCACUGGUGGCACGCGUCCGAUUCCUUCGGCUUUGUGCUGUUCGUCGUCAUCGAGGCACUGUUCGUGGUGCUGUUCGUGCUGCUCUUCAUUACCCUCAUCAAGCGGCUGCUCUAUCUCGCCCGGAAGCAUGACAAACACAACACGUCCCUGCUGCGCAGGAUUCGGUUGCUCUACCGGACCGGGCUGCUGUUUGUGUCGAAUGUGCUCUGCCACACGUUCUACCUGGUGUACGUCAAUACGGACGGUUUGACGUCGUGCGGUUAUCUGUUCAGCGGUAACAGCAUAGCACUGGGAUUUUGUAUACUGUUUAGCUUCGUGGUGAAGGCAGAGCUGAAGCAAGACACAACCGAGUCGACCAGCAGCAAGUCCAGCACCAAAAAUAGCCUGGACGAAAACUUUUGCUCGGGAUCAAUCAAUAGUCCGUUAAGUUUUUAUACUAAUCAGGAACUAGAUAAGGAUAACGAAUGCCUCUCGUCGGUGGGUAAGACAACGAAAAUUCCUCUGACAAUACUGUCCUCGCAGCAGCAGCAGCAACACCCUUCCUCAUCAUCAUCAGCUACCCAACCGCUGAUGCAACAGCAGCAGCAGCAACAGUCCGCAGCAGCGCCCCACAUUACCACCAUCGAACCCUGCCUGCAGGUGGUAGACUUAGAGGGUCACAGUAUGGACACGUUCCUGGGUGCUGCGGGCGGAGGGCUCUGCAGCUACACGACUGUUACCACCGGGACACCGUUCGGGGCGGGCGGUUGUUACGAUCUUGCCGGCAGUCUGCUGCUACCUUCCGGUCCGGGCUCGAUGGUGGUCGGUGGUACGAGCGUGCCGGCACUCAUUACGAUCGAAACCAGUCCCAGCAUUGUGUUAGCGGCUGGACCACCUCCACCGUCAGGACCACCACCCAGCUCGGGCAGUGUUAGCAUCGAAUGGCAUCAGCAGCAGCAGCAGCAACAACAGCAACACUCACACGCUUGUGGCCAUCGUCCCGAACCGCUGCCGGCGACCGUAAGCUUUCUGCCCACGAUACCGACCGCCGAUGGGGGCGAUUUCGUUGGCGUGGGCACACUGGACAUCCUGAAGGGCGUUGGGCAAGACAGCAUCAUCGGCAUACGUGGCAAAGCGCUCGAAGUGAACGAUGGUGGCAGCAGCAAGAAGGUUGUUACGGUAAUCGAAUCAUCCAGCGGUGGUGGUGGUGGUACACUACCCCGUCAAACGGGGAAAGCAAUCAUGACGGCGACCCAGACCACUCCAUCGCCUACCACCUCGUCCUCGUCCCAGGGCACAGCAGCACCAUCACCGCUGAUCCCGUACUACUCCGAGCAAUCGUCGGUGGCGGGCGCAGUGGUAAGCAAAACGGUCCCAGCGCCGCCCAUCAUUACCGUCACGUCAACGGAUGAUGGCAGGGCAGCGACGGCGUGUGUUGGUGGUGGUGCUGGACGCCCGCUCGACGGUAUGCUCGAUCGAAUCUCGCACGAUCUCGACUACCUGCUGAACCGCACGACCGGCGGCGACACGGGUGCAUCAUCCUCCUCCUCAGUAGUACCGAUUCAGCUACGACCAACGACCGGGCCAUCGUCGGUAGCAGCAAGUAGCAGCAGCAGCAGCAUCGGUACCAGUACAGCGACCGGAUCGGCAGCACCACCACCACAACCGGGCGGCUCCAUUAGCGCACCACUAAUGCCCACUUGCCACAGUGUUCACGAAGUAAUUAUCGAAGAGUCUGAAGACGUAGAUAGUUAAAUAUUUGCUCUGCAGCAGCAGCAGCAGCAGCAAACCGACACAGGAUAGGAAGGAAGCCACCGGAACCCUAGAAGGUCGCCUCUACACAAGUGAGUUGUAAAGAACUCGAUAGAAUGAACCCGUCUAUUUUGGACAUUCGGUUCUCGGUGUGGGUUUGUGCUGAUAAAGACAGGUUUUCCAGGUUUUUCUACGACCAUUCCCUUUCCUUUUAGGGAUGCGCUACUUUUGUUUUAGCUACCCGUUUCGAUAGCUCCGGACUGAUAUGCUUACCAUAAACUAUACACAGGGAUGAUAUUCAAUUGCCUGUGUGCUAGUGCCACCUCCCGUUGCGCCACGCUCCAUUUCAUUCAAUUCAAUCAUUCUCAUUCUCAUCGUCAGCAUCAUCAUCAUCGCACGGUUAUAGACAUCCCUUUUCUUCAGUGUGUCCUCCUGUUAAACGGGCUGGAAAGAUUGGCUUCAUUAUCAUAUACUCCGGGUGGAAGCUUCCCGGGACGAUGCGUUCCGGGAGCAGUAUCAUGCAAUUAGCGAUAAUGUAAUAAGGCAAGCUCCUGGGCGGGCGAGUUGGUUGCUUUGGAGCUCCAAUCACAUAACGACCGUCGGAAUGAUGUAGCUCUUUUUGUGCUUUCAUUUUCAUAACGUCCAUCCAGCAUCGGAUGGAUGUUUUAUUCUCGACAAGCCGCAAGAAUUGAUGCCAAUUCCGACUCCCUUUUUUUGAGAACAUUGGCCAUGAAGGCAAAAUGACUCGCCCAAUUCGUUUUGAACGAUGAAAGUGAACUAAUUGAUCGGAUUUUGCUUCCCGUUUUUAUCAUGCCACCCAGGCUCCCAAAAUCACAUUCAUCUUGUUCGGGAGUGAUUGGGCUUGCUGGCCGAGGGGUGGAUAUUGUGUAGCUUCUUGUAGCAAUGUCAUGAAGCGGCCGAUCCCUAUCAUCAUCCCGACAAAACUAGUUUAUUUGGCGUGUUUUCAGCACGCAGCACGCAACAACCGAGGGGUGGUGAUGGACUCUUCCGGUAUGGUCAGUCACCUGUCAGAAGCAGCAGCAGCAGCAGCAGCAGAAUAUCGUUGUAUUCCUGGAGUGAGGGGGGAGGAAGUCUCUUUCUCUGUCACUUAUUCCAUCCCGCGAUGCUAACGCACGGCCGGCACUGACUUAUCUCUGUGAAAGCCCCUGUCCUACCAAUCAUGCCUGGUAACCGUUUGUGUGUUCCUUUCAACGAAACUUUCGCCCCAAAGACGGGAAAGCAACCUAAUUCCCGACUUUUCUCCCAAGGGAUCAUAAAUCUUUGGGCGCGCCCAGUUUUAUCCAUACAAAAGGGGUUGGAGAGUUGGCAAAAAGGCGCAAUGAAUGAUGGAGUAGCAAAAUUGUAACGUAAUGGAUAGGCGCGCUGUGCCAAGUGUGCGAUACGCAAACCACAAAGAAAAAGCUGUGCUGGGAAGGAAAAACUAGCAACGAACAGAAAUGAAAAACCACACACACAAAAUAAUACAAAUCUUACGUAGGGAAGAAAACCAACCAAAAUAGGACACGACGAAACACGCGGUUUUUAUAUACAAAUAGAAAAAUCUACACUCUAAGCACAAGCGAGGCGCAAGAACGGUUCCAGUUAAAAACAGAGCUAGUGUGUAAUGGAUUUAGAUACAAAAAUGAAGCAGGUUUUGGUGAUCAUUUAGUAUAUGUGUGUUUUUUUCAUGUGUAAAUAGUAGCACAAUCCCAUAGAACUGUGUACAUAAUUAGGAAAGAUUUCAACAAUAACAACAACAACAAGAAAAAAACACUUUGAGGAUACAUUUUCACCCAGACGCCACAGUGAGGCGUGUGUACAGCACAUAAGUACGAUACGAUAUUGGUUAUCCGUUGUUGUCCCUUCCCCGGGUGGCGGUGUUGGACAGGGAGAAAAUGGGCAGGAUCGACAAGACAGGAUGAUCUUCAAACAAAAAAAAAAGGCUGACUGGCAACUGUUGUAUCCCAUUUUCUGUUUAUUUAAGUGACAUGUUUCUAUUACAAAGUUAGAUGGUUGUUGCCGAAAGGAGGGGAGCUUAAAACGGGUUUGUCAUGUUUUGUUGGAAUUUCACACAAA